AUGCCGUGUUUGGCCUGCAAGCCCACCAUAUGCGGCCAGGCUCGCGCCGAGACAGGCGCUCAUCCGGCCCAGGGCGAGCCGAACCUGGUGUGGUCCGUGCUCAUCCCUAUAGUGCAAUUCCUGCGCGACUGCGAGACAGCAUGGAACCGGUAUUUCUCUGAAUGGCACGAGCAGAUGUUUCAAGAAGGCAUCUACUGCGAGUAUGAUGAUUACGGCAACCUUCUGUACUGCGACCGCGGCUAUGUUCUAGGCCUCUUUUGCGAACUUGCUGGCCUUGAAUGCGACGCGAACGGGAUGAUCUUGAGAUUUGGUUUAACGUACUUUGCUCUGGAAGGGUCAAUUCCGGCGUCCAUCAGCAACCUGAGAGAGCUCACUGACCUUGAUUUCCGUAGGAAUGAGCUGUCGGGUUCAAUUCCAACUGAACUCUUCACCCUCACAAAGCUGACUCGCCUGGAUCUUGGUGCCAAUCAACUCACAGGCUCAAUCCCUAGUGCAAUUGGCAUGCUUACGAACCUGAUUCAACUCGAUCUUGCUGCCAAUCAACUCACAGGCUCAAUCCCCAGUGCAACCGGCAUGCUUAAGAACCUGGUUAAACUAGAUUAUAGUGCAAAUCAGCUCAUUGGCUCAAUCCCUGGUGUAAUCUGCAGCCUCACAAAUCUGACCUACCUAAACUUAGAUCAAGAUCAGCUAACUGGUUCGUUUCCUUCUUGCAUCAGCAAUCUGACAAAACUACGUACACUGUUUCUGGGAGGCAAUCAACUUGACGGCCCCAUUCCUCCUGCUAUCCUGAGCCCUUUAACAGACUUGAGAAGAUUUUCUUUAGCCAGCAACAAGUUCUCUGGAAACAUUUCUUUCGUUUUAGUCCUUACUGAAGUGCAGAUCCUGGUUAUCAACAACAAUCAAUUUACUGACUCCAUUCCGUCUGACAUUGGCACUCGCUUGUCCAAACUGCAAUAUCUUGAUGCCUCUCACAACUACCUCUCAGGCCCCAUUUCGGGUCUUCCAUGGACCAAAAUGGACCUUUCAAGCAACUACUUGACAGGUCCUCUGGAUCUUUCAGCCUCCACUAACGGCCGUCUUGCUUCCAACUGCUUCACACGGAUUAACUGUCUCCCCACGCAGCCCAACUGCUCCCUCACACUGCAGCGGCCCACAGCAGAGUGCACGGCAUUCUGUGGUGGCUGGAAUGUAUGUGAUGGCCAUGGCAUCUGCUAUCCAGGCGGACCCAGCUUGGUGCCAACGUGCUUGUGUGAACCGGGAUACGUGCAGUUCAGAACGGUCAACUGUCUUGCACAAG